GUGUAUGUUUUCAGUUGUGAAAAGCAGGAGGCAGGACUACAUCCACUCCGCGUAUAUAACGUGCACGCACUACAUUAUUAUCGCUGUCGCCGCCGUUGAUAACAGAAAAGAAAGUCGAACGCGGGGGUGCAAUUUUCCUUCCGAGUUUCUGCGUUGCUCCCACAACCUCGGACUUUCGAUGUCAUUCAUUGAUUUGGAAUGGAACCGGCGAAACUGGCACCGCACGUUUUCCGACCGAUACCACGGAUGACCUUUAUCUUAUCAGGACAACAUGGACGAAUGACUUCUUUUGAACUAGAACCGUGAGCAAUGGAAAACUGCGGCGGACUUGCAACCUCCUCGAUGGAGCAGGAGACGAAUAACAACGACCCCAAGAUCGACCCUUACUUGGAGAUCGAGCUGUACCUCCAGAAAGUCACCGAUGAGAUCGGGGCAGUUUUUGACCAGUGGCAGAAGGAAGCCGCCCUGAAGCAAUGCUACCCUGACGUGAUCAAGGCGGAUCAGGUUGAUAGUGCGAAGGAUAGCCCUACCCUGAAGGCUCAGGAAGAACUGAAGCCGCUUCCGCCUGCAAAGGUUCCGCCAAAGGUGCCUCCAAAGAGACCCACCCUGCUGCUACCUGAUCUUCUGCAGCAACAAAAGGAAAACGCAACAACACCGACGUCGCCGGCCAACUCGCAAGCCGCCACCCCAACGUCACCUUUGCUGCAACCGAAAGAGGUGGACACAUUCUUAAGAAAGGUGCAGACAACCAUUUUGGGAGACAACCUGUCCUUGGACGCAGGAACGCAGACGCCCUUGUCCCGCAGUUCAAGCGUCACCUGGCUCAGCAGCAGCCAAAGCAGUCUCGGGGGUGGAAGCGCCGGGGCGGACAGCAGCUCCCCUUUCUCAAGCAGUGAGGAAACUUUUCUCUCUUCAAAUGGAGCGACUGGCACAACGGCCGACACGUCCAGCCCAGAGCGGGAAAGUUGCGACGGCAGCAGCCGGAAUGGCAGCGCGGGUGACCUUUUGGAAAGUUGGGAUUCGAGCCGACCUCCAGUGGCUGGACGAGAAGGCACCCCUUCGUGGCGAAGCGCCGCCAGCGACAAUGAAACAAGGGUCAAAAGGAGACCCAAAGCAAAGCCCACAGAACCACUGCACAGUCCUUCGUCAGUGUCAUCACUCUCUGGCUCGACCAUUUGCCCUGAAAUGGGCGCAAAAUCUUCCUCCGCACCUGUAAUCAUGAAUGAGCCCCCUGGCUCCCCUCAAAUAGGCCAAAGUACACCUUCCAACGGCCAAAAUAAGAAAAGCUACCCCCAAAUGAGAUCACACUCGGAGAGACAUUUAAGUGAAAUCGAGGCGGCCGAGGCCUGCCGGUGGAUGAGGGCGGCCGGCUUCCCGCAGUACGCGCAGAUGUACGCCGACCACCAGUUCCCCGUGGACCUGCACGCGGUGCAAAAGGACCACCCGUUCCUCGACCGCGACGCCCUGCAGGCCCUGUUCCGACGCCUGCACGCGCUCAACAAGUGCGCCCGCCUGCACCGCAUCGACGGCGCACCCGCGGCCGCCAUCGGCACUCAACACAACAAUGCACAGAGGGAUGGUGAGGUUCACGCAGCUGCCGACUCUGACGAAGAGGUCGAGUGUGCCUUGAGUGAUAAUUGGAUGUUUCUGCAUCAGUCGCGCCGCUGGUCUCGAGUUUCACCCCUCACUGAGCAACAGUCGCCCUUGCACAGGGCAGCGCCUCUGGCAGGCGCCAAUCCCGAGCUACCUGAAUGUGAUACUGAAGUCAGUGGUGCGGACGACCUUUCUGAUCUGACCAAAAUUCAAAACCAGUUGCCUUUGCAAAGACAACACAGCAGCAGUUUACCUCCAGGAAAAUUUAAAACCACAUCGUCCGACAUGGAGACAGAAUUUGCUUCACCGCAAACAUUCCGCAGGUCGGGUAGCGAAAAGUUUAGGGACGGCGCUAAAGCCUUUCUGAGGAGAGUAGAGAGUCUCAAAUCAAGGGGCAAGAAGGCCAAGGUUGGCUGCAGAAGUGAAGAUAUGCCCAAAAUCGGUGCUCCUCAGGUGAUAGACGUGGAAAGCAUGCAGGAGCGAAUGAAGACUUUGAACUGCGUGGAUCUGAAUUCACCUGAAGCCUUGGAGGCUGGAUCUCCAAAUACAGCUGUGAAUCUCUUCACCAACACAAACAACAACUUGUUAUUUGUUGAAAAAGAAGACUUAGGAGCGCACUCGGACUCAGAGUGCCUUGACAGGAGCUCUGCUUGGAUGGACAUGGGGGAUAAAAAUAAGGAGGAUGAGGAUAAGAAGAAAAAGAAAAAGGAGCCAUCAAAGAGGCCGAGGAAAUUGCAGACUAAAGAGCAGAGGUCGGCCACACUCAAUUUGGAUAUCAAGAUUAAAAGCAACAAACCCAGCUCUAAGUAUGGUAAAUCUGAUAAUGGUGGCCUUGCCAGCAUCAGCCCUGACAAGGAGGAGACAAGAACGACGUCAUUUUACGAGCAGCUUCGACGAAGUGCCUUUGCCAAGAGGCACAAAGAGCUGUCCAAAGGCAGCUCAGAGGGAUCCAUCCACGAAGAGGAUGCAAUUCCCUCACCUUCUAAAAAGACUGUCACAAGGUGGCACAGCUUUGGCCGAGGAAGCAGUGCGAUCCGACGACCGUCGACCCUUCCUCAGAUUGGUGGUCACAGACGAAAAGGGGUGCCUUUGGCCUCACUCUCAAGUGGUCAGUUGAUGGUGCUGCGGCAGUUGGCCAUGCUCAAGCUCACAGCCAUGAUGGAGAGGCACUGCCCUUCCCUCAGGUCCACGGGCUUCAGCUGGGAGUUGCCCAAGUUCAUGAGAAAGACUGGAAAAACCAACCUUCCAAAAGAUGGUGCUUUGUUCGGAGUGUCUUUCAUCGCCUUCCUCCAAACCACCGGCCAGGCUCUUCCGCCAGCCAUCCAAGCCGCCAUCCAACACUUGGCUGACAAUGCAUUGGACAGGCAGGGCAUAUUUAGGAGGCCAGGAGUUAAAAGUAGGAUUCUAAAACUAAGACAGCAUCUCACAAAUUUGGGGGCCGAUGAGCGCUUCGAGUUUGCUUUGGAAGAGCAACAAGACUACGAUGUGGCUGAUAUGGUUAAACAAUUCUUCAGAGAUUUGCCUGAAGCGUUGAUGACUAAUAAACUUAGUGACACUUUUGUGGCUAUUUUCCAACAUGUACCUUUAAUUAAUCGACACGAAGCCAUGAAGUGGGCCGUGAUCCUCCUGCCCGACCAGCACAGAGAAGUUCUGCAACUGCUGCUCACCUUCUUGAGCCUGGUGGCGUCCCACUCGCGGCAAAACCAGAUGACCGCCAGCAACCUGGCCGUCUGCUUUGCGCCCUCCCUCUUCCACUCGUCCACCCACUCCCCUCCGACGCCCAACACGUCCAUCGACUCUCCCAGCGGAGGCGACUCCAGGGGCGGCAGUCCCCGUGCCAGAGGCUCGAAGCGCGCCAAACAAGGCACCGGCUCACCGGACGCAAAGGAACUCUCCGAGAACCGCGCCAGCCACGACUGCCUGUUGUACCUGAUCAACCACCACGAGGAACUGGUCAGGGUGAGCCAGGAUCUACUGACGCAGUGCCACUUCAGCUCAAUGGAACAAAGCGUUCCGCUCUCUCUUGACGAGCUUGGCGCCGACCUCGGCCAUGACUGGCGAGGGUACAUGAACACCUGCACAUCCGCCCUGCUCAAAGAACUGAAGGAAAGGUCCCGAGGGUGGGUCAACGUCAACUGCCACCAUCCUCAGGUGGAUUUGAGUUACAAAAAGGUUGGUGAUGGUCACCCUCUCAGGGUAUGGAAAGCAACGACUGAGGUCGAAGCUCCGCCUGGUGAGCUGCUGAACCGAAUUUUGCGAGAACAGUUCUUGUGGGACCCUACCCUGGCCAAGGCUCGAGUUCUUGCCAAGUUGGAUUCCCAGGCCGAAGUCUUCCAGUUCGCCAACCACUCAAUGGCACCUCUGGCCCCCAGGGACUACUGUGUACUCAGAACUUGGAGAAGUGAUCUACCAAGAGGAGGGUGCGUCCUUGUUGAGACCUCGGUCGAGUAUGGCUUGAGUAAUGAGCCUUUGGUCCCGGGAGCAAACAGAGGCAUCGUCCUAGCCUCCAGGUACUUGAUCGAGCACUGCGGCUCUGGCAGAUCAAAGAUCAUCCAUCUCUCCAGAGUGGAUACAAAGGGUCGCAGUGUUGAAUGGUACAACAAGUGCUACGGCCAAAUGUGCGCGUUGCGCCUGUUCCGAAUCCGCUCAUCCUUCACCCAGUACUUGAGCACCGAUGGUCCUGAGAGCAAGGUUUGACCACACGCUACGCAGGAGGCUCUCAAGAAAAUCCAGCGAAAUUAGUCCCCCUGCAUGUUAACGCUCUAGUCAAUGCGUUCGGAGCUACUGAGAAGUAUAAUUAUAUAAAAAAAACGACGUUAAUUCUGCAUUACUCAUACACCACAUUGCCGUUUCUACGAUGCGUAAUAUUAAUAAAAUAAUACAAAAACUUUUAAUUUUAUUUAUAAUCAUAAAAAUAUUUAAUUGUAAAAUCUUGAUGUAUUUUUAUAUCAUCAAAUUCACACUUUUUCCAGCACCAUAAAAAUUUUUACAAAAAAAAUUGUACUAAUUCAAACGCAUUUUAGCAGUCAAGUAUUGGAUGUGCGAAAAUUACCAUUAGUUAAUUGGAGCCAAUACAGCAGCUGAAAUUUUUUAAUUUAAAAAAUAAAUGACCAAUGUACCUUUACUUAUUGGAUACAAAUUAUGGACCAAAUCCAAUUAAUUAUUUAUCAGUGUUUGUACGCGCCGAAGAAGAGAAAAAUAUUCAAAGAUUAUUAUACUGAUAUUAUAAUUAAGCAAUUCUACAUGUAGUUUUAGCAAAUUAAUGAGAGAUGGUACCAUUUUUAAUCAAAAUAAUUUUAUUGUCAACUCUGAAUUAAUUAACAAUUUUAAAGUACCGUGAUUUUCUGUCUCAAGUUCAACAUUUAUUGAAUCUGUGUAUUUUAAAUUUGACUGAAUAUUCACUUGGAUGUAACAAUCUCUCCUUAUUCGAUUUGCUGAAAAAAAUUUCUGAAGUAAAAAAUACCAUUUUAACUGUUGUCCCCGUGUAUCUAGUCUCAUAAUUUUAUGUUAUCGCUAACAGACAAAAGACGUUUACAAUUAAUUCAAUUCAAAUAAAUUAUAGUGGCGCGCUUUAAUAAAAAUUCAUUUCUUUUUUAUUAUCAAAGCGUGACAUGAAAAUUCCCAAAAAUAAACAACACACAUACGCACACCGCCUUUAUUGUGAGGCAGAUGCAAAAAAUAUUUUUGUAUGUAAAUACCGUAAAAUACGAUCAUCAGGGUUGAAACAAGCGUUAAAUCUUAUCACACAGUGAUGUCUGAUUUUCGUUUAAAACCGAUCGAUGACCCAACAAUUCCCAAGAAAAGCGUAUACGAGCAAUGUAAAGUUAAAUUAAAAAAGCAAAACUCGCUUCGAGUAGAAAAUAAUGAAUUUAACUUAAAAUUGUUUGUUGAAUAUUUUAAAAGAUCUUGAAAAAUUCCUUAUUAUUAUGUAUGUGCAGCACCAACUCCAAUAAAAUUCUGUU